AUGCUUUUGAACGACUCAGUUAUUGGAAACAGUCGUACGCAAACCAAUCUCUCUGAUUCUAUGAUUGAACAUCAAAUCAUUGAGAUCGUUACUGUAAAUGCAUUUCGCUAUCUUAUUUUCUUCACAACAAGUCGGUGCAUCUUUGACGAGGAAUUCGGCUUACUGCGUUAUUCAAGCCGUGAGUCGUCGGCAAAGCGUAAACUCGAACAGAUGCGUCUCUCACGAAAGCACUUUCAUCCACGUCGUCUACUUGACUUCUUACCGAUUCUUAAAUGGCUUCCCCAUUAUAACAUAAAAAAGAAUCUCAUCAGUGACAUUAUUGGAGGACUGACCGUCGGUAUAAUGCACGUACCACAAGGAAUGGCUUAUUCUUCACUUUCUGGGCUUCGCCCUGUGAACGGCCUUUAUACCUCACUGUUUCCAGCGUUAUUUUACAUGUUGUUUGGAACAUCGAGGCACGUUUCAUUAGGUGUCUUUGCAGUCGUGAGUUUAAUGUCGGGUAGUUGUAAUCAGCGAGUAUCGAACAUUCUGAAAGAACAUGCGUACAAUGACAGUCUGGUUGACGAUUUCGAUGAGGAUACAAGUUAUAAGAUCUCCGUAGCUAUUCUGACCUCACUCACACUCUUUGUAGGGUUCAUACAGAUUAUUGGUGGCUUUACGACAGGAGCGGCGGUACAUGUGUUCACUGCUCAACUGGAUAAAAUCCUAGGAAUCUCAAUACCUCGUCACUCUGGACCAGGAAAACUAUUCUUUGUGUACAAGGACCUAAUAUCCACUGUUAUUGCUGGUCAUGUAAACUGGAUUACCUUCGGUAUUUCUUUGGCUACCAUCGUCCUACUAUUUCUCGUCAAAACCUAUAUCGAUCCAUUACUGAAAAAGAAGUGUAAAAUACCGAUUCCAUAUGAUUUGUUUGUGAUGAUAAUUGGCACAAUAGUUUCAACUCUAGUGAAUCUACAUGGUCGAUUCGGUAUUAAAAUUGUGGGAAAAAUACCACCUGGAUUGCCUGCACCUUCAUUGCCAGAUAUGUCGCUUUUCCGCUAUAUCAUCGGAGACGCCUUAGCAAUAAGUGUGGUCAGCCUAGUGGUUACCAUUUCCAUGGGAAAGUUAUUUGCAAAGAAGCACAAUUAUGAAGUGGAUGUUAGACAGGAAUUCUACGCUGUGGGUUUCAUGGAGGUGCUGUGCUCACUAUUCCCGGUCUGGCCAUCAUCUACGGCAUUGGCGCGCACUCUUGUCUAUGAGGCAGCUGGGACCAAAACACAGUUAGCAACCAUCUUCUCCUCGUUGGUUCUACUUGCGGUUAUUCUUUUCAUGGGACAGCUUGUUGAAUCAUUACCUGUGUGCUUUCUGUCCUGCAUCAUCAUUGUUGCAUUGAAAGGAAUGUUUAUGCAACUUAGUUCCAUUUCGAAGUUGUGGCCGAUCUCGAAGACCGAUUGUGCAAUAUUCACGGUCUGCUUCGCAGCUACGGUUCUUUACGACGUUAUCGAAGGUCUUCUGAUUGGAACCUGUUUCGCUGCUGCGCUGCUUAUGUAUACUAUUCAGAAAUCGAAAGUCGUGGAAAUUGGACGACUAAGUCACAAUGAGGGUCAAUCAUAUUUUCAGCCAAUCGAUAGUUAUAGGUUUGGUUUAUAUCUAUGUUGUAAAUUUGUUAUCCUUGAUAUAAACGAGCAUCUGUGGGCUUUACUAUUCGUUGCCAAUGUAACAUAUCAACUCGGCUUAUCAUAA